UUGUUCAAUUUAAACAUCCGAUGUUGCAGUAGAAAAAAAUAAUUUCGUUUGAAAAUGCCUUUGAGGUUAAAUUUUGCCAAAGAAAAACUUAGAUGUUACAAAAAACUGCCUAAGAGUAUAUUGAUACAACAGGGUGCUGAAAUUAGAGUACCAGAGAGGCCAACAAAACCGAUUUAUGCAGGGACAGUCAUGAAAAGAAGUGUCGGAGCACCCGAAACAUUGAAAGUGCGUGUUUUAAGGAUGAGGCUUGAUAAUUACAUAACAAAGUAUUAUUACACCAGAUAUGAUUACUGGGUGCUUGAAAAGGAUUUAAAAGCCAAAAUAGGAGAUCUUGUACUUAUUCGUCUAUUGAACGAACCAUAUACACCACGUGUGAAGUUUGAAGUGUACAAGUACUUGCACCAACUCGGUGAAAUGAUCUGCCCAGUAACUGGACGUGGAGUUCGAGGAUUAGAGUACGUUGACCCAACAAGGACGGAUCACAUUGGAAAUUACCCAGAAAAGUGGCAAGACAAUGUAAUGGACAAUACAAUGAUUCAACAGAUGAGAUUGUUGGAGCUUGGGCGAGAGUUAGAUAAGAAAAGUCUGGAAAGGACUUUUGAAGAGGGUGAUAAUUUUGAUGGAGAAACAGAAUUAUAGUGCUUAUUGACAUGUAAAUAAUAAAUGUUUAAAAAUCAUGCCAUGUAUUUAUCAUUACCCAAAAAAUGAAACAGUAGAUAGAAUUUGUUUGCAUUGACCCAAUGUUUUAUUUUGCUUUGCAUUAUGCCAAAAAUCUCAGGUGUAUUUAAGGGGUGUCAAGAAAGUUCGUUCCACAGUGAAAUAUUUUUAAAAAUGUCAAGGUAAUUUUUCACUAAACAGAUUUUUUCAGUCUGACAAAUUCAGAAGAUUGUGCUUUAUAUUUUCAGCAUUUCAUUUCUAGCAGGAAGUUAUUGGGUUUUUUUUCUUCCAUAUGUAAAUACAUAUAAGCAUCUUUAAAGCACCCAUAUGGCAGAAAUGCUGGUCAUUCCGUUUGAAAAUGUAAGAAAAUUCACUUUUGUUUCUUCACAGAUUCUCUUGUAUCAUACAAAACUGAUGAGUUUAGGUAUAAGUAAGAUUAAUCACUUUUCAAAAGAACAGGUUUAUCAUAUUAAAAUUCUUCACUGACCUGAUAAAUUUUGCUUGGUAUUUGAAAGGGUUUAUUGACCUGUGUGCUUAAUAAUAUGCAACAAAUAUUCAGCAUCCCUGGUUAUUCUGAUCUCUGAUCUGUUUUAAAACCUGUCCUCCCCUUUUUGAUUAAUCAAAAUACAGUUAAAACCUUAUCAGAGCAAGAAUGGACUCUGUGAACAUGUAUUAUCACAAUUUUUAGCUCUACUGGUCAGAGACCAGAAGAGCUUAUGCGAUAGUAAUGCGUCCGUCGUCCGUCCGUCUGUCUGUCUGUAAACAAUUUUUCAAAAUGCUACUCCUCCUACAGUUUUGGUCUGAUUUCAGUAUAACUUGGCACACAAGUAGACUACACUAAGAUACAUAAUUUUGUGCAUCGGUUUUUGAUUUCAAUGAACGGUGUUGCCGUGGUUACUAAAAAUAGAAAUUUCUGUGAAAUUCUUUAUGCUACUCCUCCUACAGUUUUGGUCUGAUUUCAAUAUAACUUGGCACACAAGUAGACUACACUAAGAUACAUAAUUCUAUGCAUCGGUUUUUGAUUUCGAUGAACGGUGUUGCCGUGGUUACUAAAAAUAGAAAUUUCUGUGAAAUUCUUUCAAAAUGCUACUCCUCCUACAGUUUUGGUCUAAUUUCAUUAUAACUUGGCACACAAGUAGACUAUACUAAGAUACGUAAUUCUGUGCAUCAGUUUUUGAUUUCGAUGAACGGUGUUCCCUUGGUUACUAAAAAUAGAAAUUUCUUUGAAAUUCUUUCAAAAUGCUACUCCUCCUACAGAUUUGGUCCGAUUUCAGUAUAACUUGGCACACAAGUAAACUACACUAAGAUACAUAAUUCUGUGCAUCGGUUUUUGAUUUCGAUAAACGGUGUUGCCGUGGUUACUAAAAAUAGAAAUUUCUGUGAAAUUCUUUCAAAAUGCUACUCCUCCUACAGUUUUGGUCUAAUUUUGAUAUAACUUGGCAAACAAGUAGACUACACUAAGAUACAUAAUUCUGUGCAUCGGUUUUUGAUUUCAAUGAACAUGUUGCCAUGGUUACUAAAAAUAGAAAUUUCUGUGAAAUUCUUUCAAAAUGCUACUCCUCCUGCAGUUUUGGUCUGAUUUCAGUAUAACUUGGCACACAAGUAGACUAUACUAAGAUUCAUAAUUCUGUGCAUUGGUUUUUAUUUUGAUGAGUGGCAAGGAUCAUUUUUCUAUUUAUUGCUGAUUUAAAGUCUCAAGUCCCAACUGCUACUUUUCUCUUCCUUUGUUUUAAGUAUAAACCAGUAGAGCUACAGUCUCGACAGAGACUUCUGGUUAAAUAUCUUCUCAUUGUAUUUCUUUUCAAAAAUGAAAAAGAAAUGUGUAAUGAACUUUCUUAAAACCCUUUAGAUACUGAUUAAAGCAGAUUACAGUAUAGUGGGAAUUGUUAAUUUGAUUAAUUCAACCUACUUGGUAGUAGCUAAAAAAAAAAUUAUCUCAAAAUAUUUGCACCCUUGCAAAUCAGUAAAGUAUACUGAAUGUAAGAAAAAUUAACUUGGUAUAUGUUUAAAAUAUUAAAUCAACAUGAAGUUACAUGAUGAAUA